UUUUCUCAGUUGCUUUUUAACUCUCCGGGGACUUUUUCCCCUCUCCUCCACAUGUAUAGGAGACUGGACUUAUGUAGAGUGAGAGCAGAGGCGGAGCUUCCUGCAAAGACUCACGGAGGACGCGACGGCGGGACGGAAGAGGCGGCGCGCUGGUUUGUUCUUCUGCCGGCAGAAUCGGAAGAAGUCAUCGUCGGCAUGGGCCGCAAGAAGAAGAAAGAGGGGCGCGAUGGGACUGCGGUGCUCCGGAAAGUCGUCUCUUUCGAUGAGAAGAGUCGACGGGACUUCUUGACAGGGUUUCACAAACGUAAGGUUGAGAGGAGGAAAGCCGCUUUGGAGGAAAUAAAGCGCAAACUGAAGCAGGAAGAAAAGAAGAUGAAAGAAGAGAGACAUAAAGAGUACAUGAAGAUGUUGAAGGAGAGAGAAGAAGCCUUAGAGGAAGCUGAUGAGUUGGAACAUUUAGUGACAUCUCAAACAGAAUCAGUGAGCUAUGAUCACCCAAACCAUACGGUCACUGUUACUACCAUCAGUGACCUGGAUCUUUCUGGUGCUCGUGUGCUGGGGCUAACUGAGAAUUUCUUCCCUCACGGCUUCUCUGCAUUCCCGUACUCAGAAAAAGAGGAAAAGAAAACAUAUCAGCCACAAACAAGGGACAAAGAGCGGAGGCCAAAACACAAGAACAGGACGAACAAGCAAGUCCCAGCGCCGGAAAAUGACGGGCAGGAGGAGGCAUGUCCAAGACUGAAUGGCUGACACAUGGACUAUUAAACUCUACUACUUGGCUUGGCAGAAGAUCAGUGUUAUUUGAACACAGUCAACACUUGGUUGGGAGCUAAGAAAUGUUGAGCUUAUACAAGUUAAGGAAACCUAAUCUUGAUUUGUGUAGGUCUCCUGCUGGGAAAGAUCUCUCUCAUUCAACUUCCCCUUAUUUGGGUGGACAAAGGCCCUUUUCCCCAGAGACAGAUUAGAUCCCUGAUUAAUAUCAUGUUUCCCAAGACUGGUGGAGACCACAUUUAUAAUUGCAUUCAAGUUCUGAUCUCCAUGCAAUAAUGUUUCAUGUAUUGGAUUCAGAAAAAGAAACAAGUAUAAAAGAGUAACUAUGGUCAACUAAAUGUUCUCCAUUUGUUGGGACAAACACCUAAAUAUUGUGCAACACAUCUGUCAAGUAUCAAGUUGGGUAAGGCUGGCACAGAUAAUAGCAAUAUUUUCUUCUUGUGCAUUUUUUUACUAUUAUUCAUAUUAAUUUUCAUCUCUUGAUGAGGAAACAUGUUUCUCAUAAAUCCUUGUGACAUAUGCCAACGAUUACAUCACCACUCGUAAACAAGCGCUGAAGAUAAAAGCAAUUGUUAACUUUUUGAAUUGUUUUUGCUCUCGUGGCAAAACACAGAAGCUGCCCCCAUUCCCAAUAGGUCCCAAGAAGUAACUUGUUGAUGCUUGCAGGAAAUGAAUCUAUGGAAGCAGUGGGAACGAAUCCAUAUCUACACUUAAAACUUCAUACCUGAUCUAUUAGCUGUCGGAGACUUUUUAAAAUGAUCAGGAUCCAAAUGUUUCUUUACGUGGAUCUAUAACUCUGCAUUUCAUUUUGUUUUUUGUUCUGAAAAGGCCCUCUCUCAAAGUGUUGGCUCUGUGUCUGAGCAUCAUUUAAUUACAGUACAUUUAAAUGUCAGAGCUUCUGCCAUUUUUAAUUCCUGAAUUAGAUCUCCAGAUCAAAAAGAAUUACGUACUGUUUUGCCUACCCAACAAAAGAACAGGAGGCAGGAAGAGAAUUGUCUGUAUUAUGUUCUAACAGCAGCCUGGAAAGUUGGGGAGACAGCCAGUGUAGAUGCUGUUGCUUGUGCCCUGGCAAUAAUCACACCAAACCAAAAGAUUUUUGAUCUAUUUGUAAUUGGUUGCAGAGCCCAGAACAACAGGGAAAGAACGCAUUAUGAUGGGGAAAUCAAAAGGGAGACAGGUGAGACCUGGAGGUCAAGCUGUAUACAUUAUGUGUCUCGUGGCCUCAGUCGUGUGAGGACUUUGAAAGGCAGCACUUGCUGGAUAAAGUAUUUUUUGCUCCUUAUUUUUGAAGGCUAAAUGCCAGAAACACUAGGUUCAUGGCAGUUGGGUGGUUACCUGUUUCUGAUUUCUCAGCUAUUGGAAAGCCUUCAAAAAAAAAAUUGGAUGGUACAAUCUUUUAAAGAAGAUACUUGCAUACCCACAUCCAGCUUUGACAAGUGUGCCAACUACUAUCCUAUAUCAACUAGGAUAGCCUAAUGUCAGUGCUCCGUGCCCAAGGAAAUUUUGGAUUUGAUUCCUCCAAUGAAUUCAUGAAGCUAUCUUGAAUUCAGCGCAAAAGCUGUAAACUGGUGCAGACGGCAUCUGCCUAAUUGUUGAGAUGGGUGGAUAUAAAGCCCAUGUUACACUAGUCCUGAAAGGGUCACACUGAUUGUGAUUACUGAACUGUACCUCCAGUGUUCAGAUUAAUUUGUAAAGUGGUAAGAAUCCAAGUAUUUAAAAGAAUAUUUCCUCCAACACUCCAAAAUUUCCAUUACAAUCAGGAAGGGAGGCCUUGGGUGGGUGGGGAGUGUCCUAUUAGUGGGUUUAGUUAAUAGUGUGAUGGGUAUAUUUUUGCAAUUUUUGGAAAAUCAUGACUCCAACCUCUGCCCAUCUCACUUUAUGCUAGCAAACUGCUUUUCCUGACCAUUCAUAGGAGUUGGUGGUGAAUUUAGGGUUAGUAUGUCUCCCUCCAAUGUCAUGUUGGAGCAAAGAAUCUAACCAUGUACCGAAUACAGUUCAUCACCAGGAACACAGGUGCAUCACCUAUAUUGGACACAUAGCAUAAAAUGAUUAGCCGCUAACACCUUGAGUGGACUUUGGUCAUACAAAGUACUCCAGCGUUAAACAUAGUAGAAGCCAGCACAAGAAACAAAUUGUUAGCAGGAAUAUCAUCUUGGAAUUAUUCCUGCAACACUUAAAACAAAUAGGCAGCCCACUGUCUCCAGUGAAUGUGGUUAAUGGGAGUUAGUCCAAACAUUUGGAGACCAGGUUGCUAACUUUGCUCUGAAGUACAAGCAACUGCCAGAUAGCUCAGCCCCACUUCUAUAACGGGGAUUGCAGGAAGACAGGAAAACACCAGACAAGUGGGGGGGGGGGAGGAUUUAGAGCCCUGCUGGAUCAGACCAAUUUCAGUAUCAUUCCAUCAGAGUUUCAGUAAUUAAGACAUGAGGUUUAUUAUUAAUAUUCUCACUGUUCUCCAAUAGACAGCAAUGAAAGGGAGGUUGCCUUUGAUCCUAAUUUCCAGAGAGUACAUGUACCUUGAAGUAGAAUUUUUGCAUUUCUUCCCUGCCUUCUUUGAAGAUUCCCCCCCCCAUCCCCAUUAAAUGUAUAGAUCAUUCCCUAUCCUGAUGCCAUCCAGAUGUGUUUGGAUUCUGGCUUCAGAAUUUUCAGCCAACAUGGCCAAAAUGUAUGAAGGAGGAUGCCAGACUGGAGAUAGCUGCUACAAUGGCUGGUGUUCUUAGAUGAGAUUAAGUUCUAAUUUUGGCUUUGUGUGUUGUAUGAGCAGAUAAUGGUGAAAUUGCUUGUAAUGCUUUAUGACUAGAUAUUUUUUUUGCUACUAUAGCAUAGAAUGGCAGGGUUUAUCAUUAUUUGGCUUGCUACAUCUGGGGGCCAUCCAUAAUUACUGUAUACUGUACUUAAAUGUGCAACAGAUUAGUUUUUCCUACUAAUAUGCAGAAGAGUAAGCUUGGGUGGUCUAGAAAGAGAUGCUUAAGCUUUGUUUUAAUCAAAAUUCCUCUUGUGUAGAAGGAAGAGACACAUAAUCCUGAUUAAUGAUGAUCCAACUACAGAGUGUUAAAAGAAAAGUUGUCAAGGGAGAGACCGGUUGAGAGAAAAGGGAGAAGACAUUGCUACACGGAUAAAUUGUAUAUGAGAGAUGAAAGAAACACAGAUAAUUGCAAUAGACUCUACUUUGUCAGCAACAGAGUGGUCAAUGCCUGGAAUGCUCCCCAUAACUUUAACCUUAGACUGUCUACUGUUGACCUCA